AUGCUAGACUUUUACCUCAUUAUCCAUUUUCUUCUUCCAGUGAUACAAUGUCUCAUCGGAGUUUUAGCAAAUGGCAUCAUUGUGAUUGUGAAUGGCAUUGAGUUGAUCAAGCAGAGAAAGAUGGUUCCGUUGGAUCUCCUUCUUUCCUGCCUGGCGAUUUCCAGGAUUUGUCUGCAGUCAUUUAUCUUCUACAUUAAUCUGGUUAUUCUCUCCUUGAUCGACUUCCUUCCACUUGUUAAGAAUUUUGCGGUUUUCAUGUUUGUAAAUGAAACGGGACUUUGGCUGGCCACAUGGCUCGGCGUUUUCUACUGCGCCAAGAUCUCCCCCAUCGCUCACCCACUCUUCUUCUGGUUGAAGAGGAGGAUAUCCAAGUUGGUGCCAUGGCUGAUCAUCGGGUCUCUGCUUUUUGCCUCCAUCCCUUUGGUUUUCUACAGCAAGCAUACGUGGGUUCUUUCCCAAGAAGUCUUGUUGAGACUUUUCUCCCCAAAUGCAACGACUCAAAUCAAAGAAACAUCUGCUUUACAGAUUGUCUUUCUUGCUAGGUUUUCACUGCCGUUCGUUAUCUUCCUCAUUUCUACUCUGCUCCUGGUGUUUUCUCUGGGGAGACAUACCUGGCAGAUGAGAAACACAGCGACCGGCACCAGGGACAGUAGCACAGGUGUCCACGUGAGUGCGCUUCUGUCCAUUCUGUCCUUCUUGGUCCUCUAUCUCUCCCACUACAUGACAGCUGCUUUGCUCUCUUCUCACAUUUUUGAGCUCAGAAGCUUCACGUUUCUGUUCUGUAUCUUGGUGUUCGGGUCCUACCCUUCGGGACACUCUAUUAUCUUAAUUUCGGGAAAUCCUAAACUGAAACAAAAUGCAAAGAAGUUCCUCCUCCAUGGGCAGUGCUGCCAGUGAGAGAGAACUUUGGUCCAUUCGAAGAACUGGCAGUUCCAUGAGCUGACGAUGCCUGCCAUACCUUCUUGAGUCAAACAAAGCAGUCUGCUCACAAUUACACAAAGCUUGGACUGCUUGUCUAACCUGACGCAUUUUUAUGGAUUUGCCCCUUUUUCAAAGGGUUAUAUUG